CCUCCUCCCUUUUUGUGCCAUGUCUCUUUCCCAUGCCUGACUUUUAAUCUCUACUUCUCAGCCAUUUCCCUUCUUCACAGUUUCGACCUUGUCUCUCUCCAUGGCUGCUACAACCGCUCCUUCCUCUUCCAUCUGCAACCGACUCCACAGCCUCUACGUCACUCCCUCUUCCUUCUCAAUCACCCUCAAAUUCCCUCCCACGCCCAUUUCUCAAAAGCCCCCCAACCUCAGUCUCAAAUCCCACUUCCUCAAUUCCUCUCCUCUCUCACUCUUCCAUCUUCGUUUGGCUUCGGCUGCCUUUGAUGGAUUCGAAGUCGCUCAAGACAGCACAAACGCUGAGCAGGUAGAACCAGAAGCCGAACCCUCUGAAAAGUCAGAACAAGAGGAGGAUGACCAAAAGGUACCCGACUCAAACGAAGCUGGGAGGCUCUAUGUGGGAAAUUUGCCCUUUUCGAUGACUUCUUCCCAGUUAUCUGAAAUUUUUCAAGAGGUUGGCAAUGUGGUGUCUGUAGAGAUAGUAUAUGAUCGCGUCACGGAUAGAAGCAGAGGAUUUGCAUUUGUCACAAUGGGAAGCGCUGAGGAUGCUAAAGAAGCCAUUCGCAUGUUUGAUGGCUCCCAAGUUGGAGGUAGGACGGUGAAGGUAAACUUUCCAGAAGUGCCAAGAGGAGGAGAAAGGCUAGUGAUGGGGCCAAAAGUAAGGAACAACUACAGAGGCUUCGUGGACAGUCCUCACAAGAUAUACGCUGGAAACCUUGGAUGGGGAUUGACUUCACAGGGUCUCAGAGAUGCUUUUGCUGGCCAACCUGGCUUUUUGAGUGCCAAGGUCAUUUAUGAAAGGGACACUGGAAGAUCUCGAGGCUUUGGGUUUGUCUCCUUCGAAACUGCUGAGGAUGUUGAGGCUGCUUUGAAUGCUAUGAAUGGGGUGGAGGUCCAAGGCAGGGCUCUGAGACUGAAUCUGGCUGCAGAUAGGACAAGUGCAUCCCCUCCAACAAUGGAUGAAACUGCGCAAGAGGAAUUGGUGUCUAGCGUUAGCACGUGAGGAAUUUUGCCCCUUCUGCUCCUCCAUUUCCGGUUAUUUAUUAAUCAAAUUGGUAUAUAGUAACUACACGUCCCGGCGGUUGUGGUAUGUAUAUCUGGAACACAUGUUCAAUAUAUAUUAUUCAAGAAUUCAUGUUCAAUUAAAUGGAUAGUUUGGUAGUUAUGAAAGGAAACAGGCUUUUCAAUG